AUGACCCUCCUACCGGGAGACAAUUCUGAUUACGACUACAGCGCCCUGAGCUGCACGUCGGAUGCUUCCUUCCAUCCGGCCUUCUUUCCCCAAAGCCAGUCCCUCAAGGGUGUCUUCUACCGCCGGGCCCAGCGGCUGCGGCCGCAGGACGAGCCCCGGCAGGGCGGCCAGCCCGAGGACCGCAGGCGGCGGAUCAUCAUCAACGUGGGUGGCAUCAAGUACUCGCUGCCCUGGACCACGCUGGAGGAGUUCCCGCUGACGCGGCUGGGCCAGCUCAAGGCCUGCACCAACUUCGACGACAUCCUCAAUGUGUGCGAUGACUACGAUGUCAGCUGCAACGAGUUCUUCUUCGACCGCAACCCGGGCGCCUUCGGCACCAUCCUGACCUUCCUACGCGCGGGCAAGCUGCGGCUGCUGCGGGAGAUGUGCGCCCUGUCCUUCCAGGAGGAGCUGCUCUACUGGGGCAUCGCCGAGGACCACCUGGAUGGCUGCUGCAAGCGCCGCUACCUGCAGAAGAUCCAGGAGUUCGCCGACACGGUGGAGCGGGAGGACGAGGACGACGCCCUGGACAGUGAGGACCCCGGCAGCGAGGGCCCCGUGGAGGAAGAGGGCCGCCUGGGCCGCUGCAUGCGGCGGCUGCGUGAUAUGGUGGAGAGGCCGCACUCGGGGCUGCCCGGCAAGGUGUUCGCCUGCCUGUCGGUGCUGUUUGUCACGGUCACCGCCGUCAACCUCUCCAUCAGCACCCUGCCCAGCCUGAGGGAGGAGGAGGAGCAGGGCCGGUGCUCCCAGAUGUGCCGCAACAUCUUCAUCGUGGAGUCGGUGUGCGUGGGCUGGUUCUCCCUCGAGUUCCUCCUGCGGCUCAUCCAGGCGCCCAGCAAGUUCGCCUUCCUGCGGAGCCCGCUGACGCUGAUCGACAUGGUGGCCAUCCUGCCCUACUACGUCACCCUGCUGGUGGACGGCGCCUCCUCGGGCCGCCGCAAGCCCGGCGCGGGCAACAGCUACCUGGACAAGGUGGGGCUGGCACUGCGGGUCUUGAGGGCGCUGCGCAUCCUCUACGUCAUGCGCCUCGCGCGCCACUCGCUGGGGCUGCAGACGCUGGGGCUCACGGCCCGCCGCUGCACCCGCGAGUUCGGGCUUCUGCUGCUCUUCCUCUGCGUGGCCAUCGCGCUCUUCGCCCCGCUCCUCUACGUCAUCGAGAACGAGAUGGCCGACAGCCCCGAGUUCACCAGCAUCCCUGCCUGCUACUGGUGGGCCGUCAUCACCAUGACGACCGUGGGCUAUGGCGACAUGGUACCCAGGAGCACGCCCGGCCAGGUGGUGGCGCUCAGCAGCAUCCUCAGCGGCAUCCUCCUCAUGGCCUUCCCGGUGACCUCCAUCUUCCACACCUUCUCCCGCUCCUACCUGGAGCUCAAGCAGGAGCAGGAGAGGGUGAUGUUCCGCAGGACCCAGUUUCUCAUCAAGACGAAGUCGCAGCUGAGCAGCAUGUCCCAGGACAGUGACAUCUUGUUUGGAAGUGCCUCCUCGGACACCAGAGACAAUAACUGA